AUGACUGACACUGAGCCCAACGCCAUUCAGGUCUCCAAGGCCGCUGAUGGAAUCACCACCAUCACCAUCAAUCGACCUAACCGCCGCAACGCCAUCGACGGCCCGACCGGCAGAAAGCUGACCACCGCGCUGUUGGACUUUGAGGCCGAUCCUUCUCAAAAGGUCUGCGUUUUCUACGGCGCCCACGGCAACUUUUGCGCUGGCUUCGACCUCCAUGAGGUUGCCAAGUUCACUCCCGGAGAGCCCGGCUAUAAGGGCCCCAUCGUCGACGCGAGCCACAAGGUCGAGGGUCGCAAUAUCGGCCCCAUCGGCCCCUCGCGAAUGCAGAUCAAGAAGCCCAUCAUCAGCGCUGUGGCUGGCUAUGCAGUAGCUGGCGGGCUCGAGCUAUCCCUGCUUGGCGAUAUCCGAGUCGCUGAGGAGGAUGCCGUCUUUGGCGUCUUUUGCCGCCGCUGGGGUGUACCCCUGAUUGACGGCGGAACCGUGCGCCUUCAGGCUAUCGUUGGCCUGGGCCGAGCCUUGGAUAUGAUCCUAACUGGCCGUGGGGUUGCUGCACCUGAGGCUCUUCAGAUGGGCCUUGCCAACCGGGUCGUUGGUAAGGGGAAGGCCUUGGAGGAGGCGACCAAGAUUGCGAAGCAGCUGCUUGUAUUCCCUCAGGCUUGUAUGAAUGUCGAUAGAACCAACUGUUACUACACGGCCUAUAACGCCUCUUCUUUUGAGGAUGCGCUGAGGAACGAAUUCGAGGAAGGAGUCAAGGUUAUCACCACUGAGAGUGUCCGCGGCGCAGCGAGAUUCAGCGGAGGAGCUGGCCGCCAUGGGGCUUUCGACGCCCCUAAGUUGUAA